AUGCCUUCUCCGGGGCCACCUUUACCGCCCGGCAUACUCGUUGAUGAAGAGAUCUCGCCGGUGUACGAUUCCAAGUACUUCUAUGCAGCGAAGCCUGGAGAGGUACUCGCUGGUCGUUACCAAAUCCUGGUUAAGGUUGGCUGGGGCGUGUCUUCAACAGUAUGGCUCGCGCGUGAUUUGCAAGGGCAUAUCGAAAAGCCAGAGAGCGUCGUGGCACUAAAAAUCGCCAAUAACAAUGCGGGUUCCGCUGGUUAUGAGCGCGGGGUUGAAGAGCACAUUUCCACCGCAGACCCGUCACACCGCGGCCGCUCACUUAUCCGAACAUCUUUAGACUCUUUUGAGGUUAAAGGUCCAGAAGGUUCUUAUUCGUGUCUUGUGUAUCCGCCUAUGAGGGAGCCAUUGUCCAUGUAUCAGCGGCGCUUCGACGAUAGAAAGAUGCCACUGCCCCUCAUUAAAACAUACAUUCGUGCUCUUCUUACGGGGCUUGAUUAUCUUCAUAAAGAAUGCAGGAUAGUUUAUACGGAUCUAAAGCUUGAAAACAUCAUGGUCUCAUUCGAGGAUCCAACCGUGCUUGCUGAUUUCAUGAAUUCUGAGCUCGAAAAACCGAUGGCUUUCAAGAUUGAUCCGACGGGACGACCAGUGUAUCAGUCCCGUAAUGACUUCGGGCCACUUAAAAGCCUUAGAAGUAUACCACAGCUUGUCGACUUUGGCUUGGCAACCAGACUCGAGGAAGACGACGACUGGGGCAUCUGGCCUAUUCAGCCAGACCACUAUCGGGCGCCAGAGGUGAUAUUGGGUAAUGGAUGGCGAAUGCCUACGGAUAUUUGGAAUCUUGGUGUUCUAUUGUGGGAUAUGAUCGAAGGAAAAGAACUAUUUCGGCAUAUCCAUGAUCAACAAGGUCGCUACGAUGCUAAACUACACCUCGCCGAAAUGAUAGCUUUACUCGGUCCACCCCCUCCAGAGGUCAUACAAAGGUAUCAAUAUAUGCGAGAGUACUCGUGGCCGGAACCUGUCAGACGAGAAGACGACAGAGUAUGCGAGACCGCGGAGGAGUACUUCUGCGGGCCAUUCUUUGACAGUAAUGGUAUCACUAGGUUUCCUAUCUUGAAUGAAUUAUUCUCAGACUCACGAAAUAUCUUAGGUCGCUUUCUUUACGAAGACCUGAUCCCCGACCGGAAACUAUACGAUACAGUUUCCUUCCUUGAAGGAGAGGAGAGGGAAGCGUUUCUGGAUCUCGCCAAGGGAAUGCUUGUCUGGCAUCCAGAUGCGAGAAAAGCGGCAGGCGAACUGGCGGGGCAUCCUUUUCUUCAACAAAACAGAUAA